CCCGGAGGCUGGAGUUUCUUGGCCGUGACUGCUUGUUUUCGGCUCUGUGGUUCUCCACGUUCUCGGGCAGGAGCACAGCCCGGGCGUCUGAGCGUGCUGAGAGCUGCAGGCAGUGAGAGAUGACUCCCGCGCUCUUGUUUUCCCAGGAUGGUUAGAGCUCUGGACAUUCGACCACCACGGUCUCAGCAUGACCCAUGGCACAGUGGUGAUGAGACUCCCUGGGGCUUGGGAACUGCUGGCCGUUCGUACAUGUCGGUUCCCCUAAUGGACCUCUGCAAGGGCUCCCCAGCGGAGCCUGGAGAGGAGGGGAGCGAGGAAGACAAAAAAAAAAAAAAAGGAAAAAAAAGGAGGAAAAAAAAAAAAAAAAAAGCCACGCAGGGUAUAGCUAGCACUGCCUCGCGCCUGAAACUGCUCAUCGUGGCUUCACGCACUGCAGCUGCCUGGACUUGGGGGUCUGCGCGGCAAAACGCGUAUGGGGAACUGGAAAAACUAAAUCAAUCUACAGAUGAUAUCAAUCGGAGAGAGACAGAACUGGAGGAUGCACGCCAGAAGUUUCGCUCAGUGCUGGUUGAAGCAACAGUAAAACUGGAUGAGCUGGUAAAGAAGAUUGGAAAAGCUGUGGAAGACUCCAAACCUUACUGGGAAGCUCGGAGGGUGGCCAGGCAGGCACAGCUGGAAGCUCAGAGAGCGACUCAGGAUUUCCAGAGAGCUACUGAAGUGCUGCGCGCUGCAAAGGAGACCAUUUCACUUGCUGAGCAGAGGCUACUGGAGGAUGACAAGCGUCAGUUUGACUCUGCCUGGCAAGAGAUGCUCAACCAUGCUACUCAGAGGGUCAUGGAGGCAGAACAAACCAAAACGAGGAGCGAGUUGGUUCACAAGGAGACUGCAGCCAAAUACAAUGCCGCCAUGGGACGGAUGAAACAGCUGGAGAAGAAGCUGAAAAGAGCCAUCAACAAAUCAAAACCUUAUUUUGAACUCAAGGCAAAGUACUACGUCCAGCUAGAGCAAUUGAAGAAAACGGUGGAUGACCUGCAAGCAAAACUGGCCCUGGCAAAGGGAGAGUAUAAGACUGCUUUGAAAAACCUGGAGAUGAUCUCAGAUGAGAUUCAUGAGAGGAGACGGUCCACUGCCAUGGGACCACGAGGAUGUGGUGUGGGUGCUGAAGGGAGCAAUACCUCUGUGGAAGACCUGUCUGCAAGUAAACUGGAGUCAGACACCAUCUCAAUGGCUUCGGAGGUGUUUGAGGAUGACAAUGGCAGUAGCUUUGUAUCCGAAGAAGAUUCAGAAACUCAGUCGGUGUCCAGCCUCAGCUCUGGUCCCACAAGCCCCUGUGAGGUCCCUGCUCAGUUUCCUCCUGCAACACGACCUGGAAGCCUGGAUCUGCCCAGCCCUGUCUCCCUCUCUGAGUUUGGGAUCGUCUUUCCUGUCCUAGGGCCCCGAAGUGAAUGCAGCGGGGCAUCAUCCCCUGAAUGUGAAGCUGAACGAGGGGAUAGGGCAGAAGGGGCUGAAAACAAGACAAGCGACAGAGUGAACAAGAAUAGGAGCAGCAACAGGAGCAGCUCCACUGAGGGGUUGGCUUUGGAUAACCGAAUGAAGCAGCUCUCCCUUCAGUGCAUGAAAAUCAAAGAGGGAAUAUGCGCAGGCAGAAAAGCUGCCCAGAUUGGCUGAGUCUUGUGCCCUAUCCUGAUUAAUGGGAGUAUAAAUAUUUAUACAUGAACUUCUAAGUGUCUGAAGAACAUUGUGCCAAUAAUAAAUGCCAAAUCUUAAGCGUUUACUCUAAGAAUUUAAAACUGCACUAAAAAGUCUAAUUGAUGUUGAGGGCUGAAGUUUUUAUUCAGUAAAUCUUUGUAGGCCAGACAAGUUGUCAAACGUUUAAGCUGUGCUCAUAUUUCACAGACUUUGUAAGUUGUUUUGUAGCAGCCUGGCUGAAGCAAUAACGAGUAAUGUUCCUGUGUAAAUUCAUGCCAGUAGGGGUCUGAAAUCUAAGCCAGACAUUUGCAGUGAGCAGUUUGGCUUCAGUUUUGUAGAAUGAAAUGCUCUUUAGAUACAGUGGAUCUUUCGAGUGUAAGUGGCAUAUUCUUUAAACAUCUGUAUUUGUCUGUAUUAUGCUGAAACUGUAGAAAUAUUUUGUAUACAGGAAAGCUGUUGCAUGUGUGGGUCUAAAAGCCUUCACUCUUCCCUUGGUGCUCACAGAAAGGAUAAAGAUUAGUCAUGCCUUUAAAAAUUGGCAUAAGAGAAAGACAGAAAUGGGAUGGUAACACUCAGCAGUGACAGGCCCUUUCUAGCCAUCUUAUGAAGUCUGGCUUGGACUUUAAGGGUGAUUCCAGUGACCAAAAAGAGUUGAUUGGCCCCUUGCCCUUCCCCUCCCCUGAGAAGUGAAGUAUUAUUUUUCAGCACUUUAAGUGUUAUUGCUCGAAAAUGGGAGUCAUAGAUGUGUUCAGGACAGUUAUGAUAAGGGGUUCACCCUUAAAAUAUGCAUGAAGAAAAGGAAUUGCCAGUGUAGAUUGACCAUGUGUUCUUAAAUUUCUCUGUAGGUUGUACUGUGUGGGGUUUUAUAAUUGUUAAAGGGACUUGAGAUUUUAGUAUGCCCUAGAGAAAGUGUUCAAUAAAACUAGAAAGGGCACAGGCAUGUUUUGCCAGCAGCUGUUAGGCAGUAGUAGUAUCCGGUAAUUAUGCUAAUAAGUGGUAGUAAAAAUCCUAGGACUCUUAAGUUUUGGUGGCUAAGCAUUUCUGAAAGCACCAUUUUAUCUAAAAUGUCAGUUUAUAUUGUUAAUUUGAUGACAAUUUUAGUAUUGCCCAAAGUAUUUUCUAUUCUAUGUUUUUGCAGUCCUGUUGUAUUUUGUCCCUACCACAGCUUGUGUAUCUAUUCUCAAAGUUAAUGUAAAAUUCUUCACACUACAGUAAACAUUUUUGUUUUUCACAUUUCAUUUUGAGUCUGUGCAAGCUAAGUGUAUCUCAACUGCUAAGUACUGAAUCUUCUCCCAGAGCAAGGUUAGUCCUUAAAUAUCCUCAUUCAGGCGAAGAUUGCAGCCCAGCAUCACUUAGCUCUGACAUUAAAAAUCGUUCAUAGUAUGUCGACAGCUGUUACCUCCUUCCAGCUUUCCAAAUCACUGUAUCCAUGAUUGGCCUUGUAUCCAGAAUUCCGUAAAACCAGAGGUUCAGCCAAGUUUUCAAAAAUCCCUCAAUGCACAAAAGAGGAAGGUUAUUCUACAUUAUAUAACACCUCUGUAUUUACUGCUGAAAUUUGCCAUAAGGCCACACAGAAUUGAAGGUAAGGAAACGUGUUUACAGAAAAAUUAGAUUCAACACAUUAUAGCUAGUAAGGUGAGACUUUGAACAGAUACACAUUUACACACUCCAGUGAUCUACAGGCUGAACUCCUCCAUCAGUAGCAUUUCUCAGCUCAAUAAAUGCUUAGGAAAGAAGUAUGUGGUUCCAACUUUAGAUGUAACCGUAACUUAGGAAAAACAUGAAAUGACAGUAUUUUAAAUUUGAAAUAAAACAGUACAGAAUUGUUGCAUUGUA